UAUUAAUGAUUGUAAUUUUGCUAUAGUUUAUUCAUUUAUUCAAAGAUUCGGUUAUCUAUUGGAUAUUCCAUUCCUUACAUUAAAUGAUUUAAAACAUUGUAUAGAAAAUUCAUCAACAGCAUUGAUACAUAUGCAGAUUACUCUUAUAAAAAAAAUUAGAAAAAGUAUGCGACGUGAAAAUUGGGAAAAAUAUAUAAUAAAAUUUACAGAUAAUUUAACAGUUGAUGAAAUUGAUUAUUUAUAUAAAAAACAGUAUGAAAAGAUAAGUGCUCACAAAAAAUUAUAUAUUUUAAAAAAAUUAUUGGAAAUACAAUUUGAUGAAAAUAAUGAUUUUAAAAAUGAAAUUCUAAACUUGGAAAAGCAAGAAAUGAGAGAUUUGCCUAUAGGCAGAGAUAUUUUGGGUUAUUUCUAUUGGUUCCAGCAAGAUAUUGAGGAAGGUAUAAUGAUAUAUAAAGAAGGCAAUGAUAAUCAAAAUUGGAAUGUCAUAUGCAAAGACAGAGAUGAAUUGAUUGUAUUGAUUGAUCAUUUAAAAUAUGAAAUAGAAGAUGAUUUGCCUGAUAAUUACAAUGAUCUCAGUGAAGUUAUGAAUAAAGAAAUUACUGAUUGUGAUGACGAUGAAAAUAUUAAAGAUAAUCCUAUAGCUAGAUUGCCAGAUUUUAAAAAUAUAUGUAAUUUCGAUACCAAUAUAAGAAAUGACCAAUGUUUAAAUGAAAAUGAAUACCACUCAAAUUCUAAUGGUGGCUUGAAUGAAUCUAUAACUAAUAAAAUUAUAAAUGACAUUAAAGAUGAUGCAGAUCAUACAAUCAUUGUUAAUAAUUUAUCACAAAAUAAAUCGAAUCAGAGUAAAAAUGAAGCAUAUGACCAUAAAACUAAGUCUUGUUUGAGAAAUAAUACAGUAACGGAAGAACAAAUUAGUAGCAGACCACCAAAACGAAAAGCAAAUUUGAAAGUUAUAUCCAAUUGCUUUCAAAGUAUAAAUCCAGACGCCCAUGAUGAAUAUAAUAACCAAGAUGAAUCAUUUAAAAUAGACAAUGGAAAUUUAACGGAAGAAACUACUGAGAGAACAUUAAGGAGCGCUAAGAAGAAGGUGUUACUCGAAGUUAAAAAAGAUAACCAAAUGUCUUUACCAAAAAUUCCAAAAACUCCCAAAACAAUUAACACCUGUAGAAAAUGCAGUAAAUCCCGACCUUCUCCAACUCUAUGCUGUUUGACCUGCUCAUCUUUUUAUCACGAUUCAUGUAUUCCCCCAUCUUAUAUCAUUGUGAACACUAUAGAUAGUGAUUGGGUUUGCUCUUUGUGUGAACACCGAUUACUAAUUGAAAAACUUAGGAAAAAAUUGAAUCUCUUAGAUGAAUUAAUCGAAAAACGCAAACAUGUCGCAAGGAAACACGAAAGAUUGAGGUCGGCCGGAAUAAAAAUCUCCAACAUUUUAGAAUAUCAUGACACACUGGAAAAUGACCCCAUGCACAAAUUAAAUACAACCGAAGAGCUGGAAGCGUUAUUAAGCACCCGAAUCUGUCGAAACAGGAAGCCUAUUAAUUACCAUUUUGAUGAUUAUGAUAAAUUGAUAGAGAGGGCUAUUAAAGAACAAAAUUCUUUUAAAGAUCCUCUACCACAUGAUAUGCACACUCGAUCUUCUCAUUUUUCCGAUUCACAUGAAGAAACAAACCUUAAAACUCCCACCUUUCACGUUAAUCUUAAACCCUCACUAUUAAAUUAUCUAUCUCCCCAACUCGAUUCUCAUAACCAUCAGUUUAGCAUCCAAUCCACGACAAAUAUUACUGAAGCACUAACCGCACUUAAUACCACUUUAAGCCCGUCAAUAGUGAUGUCAGAUUCCAUUAAUAUUUUAGCUACAACUAUUGAGGAAAUAACUAAUCUAUCAACUGAUCUUACCAAAAGAGGAAGAGGUAGACCCAAAAAACCAAAAUUAUUAUUGACCGAAAACUAUUACGAGAGACCAGUUAGACACAAAAAAAUUCCUCAAAGGUUUUCUGAUUUGCAAAUCCUACAAAAUAGAUUAAUUAAACCUGCCAACUACGAAAAUAUGGACGGCGAAUCAUUUAUAAGUGGUUCUUUCCAAUCUGAUGAUAAUUACGAUUCCAAGAGUUCUAAUAGCAGUGAAUUUGAAUAUGCAUAUGGGUAUAAAAGUAGACCAAAAAAGCACAGGAAACGGGAAAUUAAAGAAUCAGUUUACAAUGGUUUACUCUCCUCUACCUUGCUCUUAGAACCAGAACCAGAAACAACUUCUAAAAAUCAAAACAAAAUUUUGAUUAAUAAUUACGACGCUAACACAAUUGCCGACGGUUAUUACAACAACGAAAAUAAAAAAACUUUCGGUAAUAAUUACGAUGCUAGCACGAUUGCUGACGGUUAUUACAAUGAAGGUCAAAACAAAACUUUCUUCAAUAAUUACGAUGCUAGUACGAUUGCCGAUGGUUAUUACAAUAACAGGCCAAAAAAAAAGGCGGAUAAAAUUAAUAUUGUAUCACGUCAUUUAACAUCUGAAUCAUCAAACAUAGCCUCGAAAAGUCAACCAAAAUCUACCGAUAAUAGUGCUAAUAAGGCAUCGAUUGUCACAUAUUCGAAAGCUAUUUUAAAUACCCCGGAACAACAAAAACCGACCAACAGAUCCCCAGUUAAGACUCCUUCAGUUGCUUACGUCAAAUACUCCCCAUCACCCAACUAUCAAAAUAAUUUUUUCAAUACCAAUAAUAUUUUACUGGCCCUUAAUAAUAGCAACAAAAAUCAUCUUUUAAAUCUUUGUAAUCUCACUUCCUCCAUGCAUAAUCAAACUGAUCCAUCGUCACAGGAUAGCUGUAUAAUACAGAAUGAUUUGAAUAUUCACGAUAUAAAUAAUAGAAAUAAUUCUGUGAAUAAUAAUCAAAAUAGCUUGCAAAGUAAUUUGAAUAUUCAAGUUAUUCAUAAUCAAAAUAGUUUACAAAAUAAUUUGAAUACUCACGGUAUUCAUAAUCAAAAUAGCUUCUUGACUAAUAAUAUUCAAACCAAUUUUUUGAAUAAUUUAGGCAACAAUUUCGUAUCUCCAUGUAUGACCAACUUGAAUUUAACAGAGUUAUCACUAACCGAUCUGACUAAUAUUUCGAACACCUUAUCCGGUAUCAACAAUAUAAAUAAUAUACAGAACUUAAAUUUAAGCAAUUUAAAUACGUCUCUCAUACCAAUAUACUCGAGAAGCCUGAUCCCCCAGGCAAAUAAUUGUAUUUUAUACCCAGUCAAUCCAAUAAAUUUGAAUUUACAACGUUUACAGCCUCUAUACUUAACACAUCUGUCGGAUGAGCAACAACAUCAAAUUAAUAACGAAACUAUUACCCAAAACGAGAUGUCAAAUGUAUGCAAUUCGAAUAAUAACUAAAUCAUGAAUUUGUUUUUUUUAUAAUUGAAAGAAAAAUCGUGGACAUUAUAUGAUGUGUAUUUAAUCAGACAAUUUUGCCUUUUUAUAGAUUAUGAUAUGUAGAAACGCUUUUAUAAAGGUUUUUAUUUAACGUUUUAUUUCGUUCAACUAAUAUAAAUUUUAAUAUGUUUAUAUUAGAUUAAAUUAAAAGCAAUACUUUUUGAUUGUUCAAUUAAUUACAUGUAAUUUGUUUGAUUAAAAAGGGUGGUGAUUGCAUUUAGG